AUGGAGGUGGUGCAUCGAUCGGAGGAGGAGGACAUUGCCCCGCUGUCCGUGUCCGGCGUGUGGCGCUCCGUGGCCGUGCAACUGGAGGUCUACAAAGAGCGACCGGCGAACUUCGCCUUCGUCCUCGCGCUGUUGACCUGGGCCGCGGCUGCCUACAGGAUAGCGACUGGUGUCUACGACGAUGCAGGCAUCUGCCUGGACGUGCGCACGCUGCACUUCGCGGGCGGCCCCAGCAUGCGCUGGCUGCUGCAUGUCUUCUGGCCCUUCGAAGCCGGCAUUAUCCGUGGAUUUCUGACCUCCACAGUACUCUUAGUCUUCGGCUAUGCUUUAGAGUUUGAGUUGGGCACCGCGCAGUUUGUGGCACUUCUACUGGGAAUCCAGUUGGGUUCUGCCUUUCUGUUGCUUCACUUCGGCUUCACCACAUGCCUCACCAGCUUUGAAGCGGCCUUCGCUGGCUUAGCGGUGAUGACGCAUAAGGUGAAUCCCAAGGUGCACAGUGAUGGCUUGGGCAAGUCCCUGAAACUGCCCUUCGAGGUUGAACCGCGCUGGCAUCUCUGGGUGCUGUUGGGUUUUCUGCUCCUUCAGGCCACAGACUUCCCCAAGGCCUUUGUGCAGCAAGGUGCAGGCCUUGUGGUGGGUACCCUUUGCCUGUUACGAGAACCUGAGGUGUGGAGCGAAGCCUUUGCAUCCAUCCGCUCUCGCUCCUUCAGUGCGGGCGCUGCGGCGCAUGUAGCGCUCUUUGUCUUCACCAUCCUCUUCAUGCCACUGACAGUUGUCGAAGCUCCGCCCGAGCUAUGGGCCAUGCUGCAGGCGGCCAUGGUGGAUGGCCGUGCCUUGUCACCCUCAUGGUGGGCGCAGAGCGUGCCAUCCUCACUACCGUUGGUUCAUAUGGCCAUGCGACAGCAAAUUGCCAGCGAGGCGCUGUACAUCUCGAAGGUCUUGCCGAGUUUUGCUCUGCCUUUGUUGCUCUCCUCCAUGCAGAUUUGGGUGAAGGGCUAUUCCAUCUUCAUCGUUAUCUUGCUGAUGUAUUCGAUGAACAGCCCGGUGUGGAGGUAUCCGCACUGGGGUUUCGUAUCCUUGGCCUACCUGGCGGUGGCCUUUUGGAAGCUCCCGGCCGCGGCCGAGAAGAGCAAACGAGCCUGA